AUGCCCCCCAAACGCAAAACCCCAGCAGCCCCCUACACCGACUCCACAGGCACCGCACCGAACAAGCGCUCCCGCGCCUCGAAGCCCGACCCCAAAGCCACCGAAACCAACGGCAACGGCACCGCCACCUUCGACCACUCCCGCCCCGAAGAGACCCACGGCAUCGUCCAACGCGCCUUCUACCCGCCCGAGCUCUCCAACGAGCGCUGCGCCAUGUACAACUCGGGCGAGCUGCCGCGCCCGCUCGCCGUGCUCUCGACCACGCUCUCCGAAACCAAAUCCGCGCGAGACAGCACCGCGAUCGGGGAGAGCGUGGUGCACUGGUUCAAGCGCAACCUGCGCCUGCGCGACAACAAGGGACUGAGUCUCGCCGCCGCGAAGGCGAAGGCGGGCGGCGUGCCGCUGGUCUGCGUGUUCUUGGUCAGUCCGCAGGACUACCAGGCGCAUCUGACGAGCGCCGCGCGCGUGGAUUUCGAGCUCAGGACGCUGGAGGUGCUGAGGAGGGAUCUGGGCAGGCUGGAUGUGCCGCUGGUGGUGGAGACGGUGGAGAAGAGGAGGAGGCUGCCUGGGAGGUUGGUGGAGAUGGCGGAGCGGUGGGGCGCGAAGCAUGUGUUUUGUAAUGUGGAGUAUGAGGUUGAUGAAUUGAGGAGGGAGGAGAGCUUGGUGAAGUUGGGGUUGGAGAAGGGGAUUGCGUUUGAGGCGGUGCAUGAUGAUGUGGUGGUACCACCGGGGGCGUUGGUUACGGGCACGGGGAAGCAGUAUGCGGUGUAUAGUCCGUGGUUUAGGUCGUGGAUCAAGCAUGUUCAUGCGCAUCCGGAGCUGUUGAAGGAGUGGGAGGGGCCGGGGAAGAAUCCGAGUGGUGCGAGGACGAAGUUUAAGACGUUGUUUGAUAGUAAGAUGCCUGAGGCACCGGAAAAUAAGAAGCUUGAGCCUGAAGAGAAAACGAAGUUGGAGCGUCUGUGGCCUGCCGGAGAACACGAGGCGAUAGCACGGCUGGAGAAGUUCUUGGGUGAGAAGAUUGGAAAGUACUCGGCCAUGAGAAACUUUCCAAUGGCAAAUGGUACUGCCUGUGUCAGUGUUCAUCACAGCGUGGGUACGCUCGCGAGCAGGACUAGUGUACGCAUGGCAAGGGACGCCAAUAAUACAAAGAAGCUUGAUGGAGGCAAUGAAGGUAUCAGAGUGUGGAUAUCGGAGGUAGCGUGGCGAGACUUCUACAAGCAUGUGCUGGCCAAUUGGCCAUAUGUUUGCAUGAACAAACCUUUCAAGUACGAAUACACCAACAUCGAAUGGGAAUAUAACACCGAGCACUUCGACGCCUGGUGUGCCGGGAAGACUGGCUACCCUAUUGUCGAUGCCGCCAUGCGGCAGCUAAACUCCACCGGCUAUAUGCACAAUCGCUGUCGCAUGAUCGUGGCGUCAUUCCUAGCCAAGGACCUCCUUCUCGACUGGCGUAUGGGCGAGCGCUAUUUCAUGGAGCACCUCAUCGACGGCGACUUUGCGUCCAAUAACGGCGGGUGGGGCUUCAGUGCGUCUACGGGCGUAGACCCGCAGCCCUACUUCAGGAUCUUCAACCCGUUGUUGCAGAGCGAGAAGUUCGACGCUGAAGGUGACUAUAUCCGGAAAUGGGUAGAGGAGUUGAGGAACGUCGAGGGGAAAGCGAUUCAUGAUCCUUAUGGGAGAGGGGCUGCGGGCGAGGCAAAGAAGAAGGGGUAUCCGAAGCAGAUUGUUGAGCACAAAUUUGCGAGAGAGAGGGCUUUGACGAGAUACAAGUCUGGCAUUGGGCGAGAGACUGCCUGA